CGCUCGGAUCCGCGGCCGCGCAGGCGCUUGCCUGAAUCGCACCCUGCGCUGAGAGGCGGGGCGCAGCGUGCCGCGCUUUGCGGCCAUGGCGGGGGCACUCCGGAAGAGCACUGGACUCGUAGGAUUGGCUGUAUCGGAAAACCCUCAUGAGCGCCUGCGGAUACUCUACACAAAAAUCCUUGGUGUCCUGCAGAAUAUUCCCAAGGAUGCAGCAUAUAGGAAAUACACUGAGCAGAUUGUAAAUGAACGAUUUAGUUUGGUGCAGAAGGAAACCGAUGUGCAAAAACUACAGGACAAACUGAACAGCGGUCAAAUAGAAGAAGUCAUUGUACAGGCUGAAAAUGAGCUUUCCCUGGCAAGAAAAAUGAUACAGUGGAAACCGUGGGAGCCUCUAAUUGAAGAACCUCCUGCUGACCAGUGGAGAUGGCCAAUAUAAUUUUCAAAAUGGUGUAACCUCUUGAAAGUUUAACGAAAAAAAGUUAAUUAUUAAUCUAUUGUCACUGACAGUUGUCUUUAAAUUAAAGAUAAUAGCUUCAUAAAAA